AAACAGGACAGCUGUUUUUGGCCCGACGAAGACCAAAGCCAGCCGAAGAUGGGCGAAACUGUGUCGUGCGAAGAGACUGAGAGCAGAUCCGACACUUCGAGAGCACGUUUUGAGUCAUCAAUUGCGCUUUCCCAAAUUAGCAUAUGUAUGGCAACAUUGGUUAAACAAUCUUGA